UGCCUUGAGGCACCGGUGAGGCCCCUCCUCCUGGGAAUGGCUUCAGUGGGGGAUUUCGGGUCUGGAGGCCCAGACCCCAUCUGCAGCCUCAGCCUGCCUCCCUGGCGGGCUGUGUUUUCCCGGCUCCUGAGUUUGGAAACCAGCCUUAGGAGAGGAGUGAUGUGUCUAGCACUUCCUCCACAACCCCGAGGCUGGGGGAGCCCAGUGUCUCCUGGCCUGUGGCCCUGCCCUGCUGCCUUCUCCCACGAGUCCCACCAUUUUGGCCAAACCCCCGUUGUACAGAUGGACAACCUGAGGCAAGGUGUUUCUGGCACCACCCCGUAAUUUAGGGACAGAGGCCAGACUGUCACCAGACUAUCCCCAUGUUGGACCUGGUCAUUUUCCCUGGGCCACCCUCUGGUGAUCAGUGCUGUGGGUCCCUGAGGAGGGGGCAUUUGGAGAGUCUUGGGGGACAGAACCCCUGUCUAGCUCCCAGAGCAGCACCAGGUGCUAAAGCCGGCGGGGCCAGCCUGUCAGCCGUAAGGCACUUUAGCGUUGUCCACCAAGCCCCUUCUGGCGUCUAGGUGGGGAACAGGUCUAGAGAGAGGCUGAAAGCUGCCCAGGUCCCCAGCACGGGAGCCACAUGGCGGAUUCCAGCCCUUUCCCAGAGACCCUUGCUCCUGGGUGCUCGGAUAUGACCUGCCUGCUCAGUGCUUAGGCCGUUUCAGUCCAGGCUGAAGGAAAGGGUCACAGGGCUCCCCACAGAGGGAAGGCAGCCACAGAUCCACGCUGCAGGGCACUGAGGCGUUCGGAAGGCAGUGGGACUGGGAGAGGGUGUUGCAGCUUUUUCUCCCGUGCCCUCCCACUGGUACCCCUGGAAGAGCAGGACCAGGCCCUGCAGCCUGUGCUGCCUUCCAGGCCCAGCCUUCGUCCCUGGAGCCCACCUGCCUGUCAGCUCCAGCAGCUGUCUUCUGCUCACCCCUGCUGGGUCCAGCCGGGCCGGCUGGUGGGAAGCCAGUGGGCUCAGCCCCAGGCACGAAGGAGCCUCAGCCCAGCUUCAAGUAGACACUUCCCAGUCAUGUAGGUGCUUCUGGAUGUUCAGUGGGCCUUCAGCUCCUGGGGGAGGGAGGCUGGGCUGCCACCGUGGUGUGCUAUCUAUGCGAGUGGACGUGUCGGAAAUGUAGAGGACAUUGCUGAGCUUUCCCUGGUCCCUUUGCCACUAGAGCUUGUUCACAGGGCUCUGUUGCUACUCAGUGCCUUGACUUUGAACACUGGACUCAAGUGAAACGAGCUCUUGCCUCCUCCAGGCUGGGCCACUCUGGGGGAUGCCUUUUCCUCCCCUCAUUGUUUUCAAAGUGCAGUCUGAAGACCCCCUACAGGACCUGGGGCUUGUGAAUGACAGUCAGCCUCUGGGCAGGGAACGCGAAAGACUUCAUUUGUAGUGGUCUCCUGGUGAUUCUUGGGGACCCUGAAGCUGAGAGCCCCCAGUCUGGAUGCAGGUGAUGGUUUGGUUAUCACCCUCAGCCAGUAUGGUGUCUUGAUGCAGAGGUGGGGGUAAAGGCUGGGGCUCUGCAGCUCAGAGAUAUCAGCCCCCAAGGGUCCUGAAGUCUAGGGGAGGGGAGAGUCAGCCUGUUUUCCUUGUAUGUGUAGAUCUGACUGAGAAACCGAGGGGGUAAAGAAGAUUUCUAAACAACUGUGACCCUGUUUCAAGCCUCCUGAGGACAUUUGCCAUUGUGUGGAAUCUCGGGAUGGGGAGGGUGGGUGUCCAGCCUGCCAUGACCAUGGGCCCUCCUGCCUCAUGACCUCGCAGCCUGGGCUUCUGGAACAGGUCUGGGUCUCUCCUGUCCACUGGCCCAGAGCCAGUGCCAUGGCCCCUGGUCCAGGUUGCUUGUGAAAGGCGGUGACCUAGCUCCUUUGAUAAGGGGCAGCUCUUUAUCCCUGGUUUGUUGGGGUUUGUUGAUUCAGUGACUGGGCUCCCACAGAAGCCGGGGAUUUCGUGGCCACACGGGGCAGGUACAGCUGACAGAUCAGCUUCCCUUUCCUGCUCCACCACGGAUGACUGCGAAUCAGAGGCCCCCUGCGCUGCCCAAGUUAGUGCCUGGGCAAAUUGUGGCUACUAAUUUGCCCCCUGAAGAUCAAGAUGGCUCUGGGGAUGACUCUGACAACUUCUCCGGCUCAGGUGCAGGUGCUUUGCAAGAUAUCACCUUGUCACAGCAGACCCCCUCCACUUGGAAGGACACGCGGCUCCUGACGGCUAUUCCCACGUCUCCAGAACCCACCGGCCUGGAGGCUACAGCUGCCUCCACCUCCACCCUGCCGGCUGGAGAGGGGCCCAAGGAGGGAGAGGCUGUAGUCCUGCUAGAAGUGGAGCCUGGCCUCACCGCCCGGGAGCAGGAGGCCACCCCCCGACCCAGGGAGACCACACAGCUCCCGACCACUCAUCAGGCCUCAACGACCACAGCCACCACGGCCCAGGAGCCCGCCACCUCCCACCCCCACAGGGACAUGCAGCCUGGCCACCAUGAGACCUCAACCCCUGCAGGACCCAGCCAAGCUGACCUUCACACUCCCCACACAGAGGAUGGAGGUCCUUCUGCCACCGAGAGGGCUGCUGAGGAUGGAGCCUCCAGUCAGCUCCCAGCAGCAGAGGGCUCUGGGGAACAGGACUUCACCUUUGAAACCUCGGGGGAGAACACGGCUGUAGUGGCCGUGGAGCCUGACCACCGGAACCAGUCCCCAGUGGAUCAGGGGGCCACAGGGGCCUCACAGGGCCUCCUGGACAGGAAAGAGGUGCUGGGAGGGGUCAUUGCCGGAGGCCUCGUGGGGCUCAUCUUUGCUGUGUGCCUGGUGGGUUUCAUGCUGUACCGCAUGAAGAAGAAGGACGAAGGCAGCUACUCCUUGGAGGAGCCGAAACAAGCCAACGGCGGGGCCUACCAGAAGCCCACCAAACAGGAGGAAUUCUACGCCUGACGCGGGAGCCAUGCGCCCCCUCCGCCCUGCCACUCACUAGGCCCCCACUUGCCUCUUCCUUGAAGAACUGCAGGCCCUGGCCUCCCCUGCCACCAGGCCACCUCCCCAGCAUUCCAGCCCCUCUGGUCGCUCCUGCCCACGGAGUCCUGGGGUGUGCUGGGAGCUCCACUCUGCUUCUCUGACUUCUUCCUGGAGACUUAGGGCACCAGGCGUUUCUCGCAUAGGACCUUUCCACCACAGCCAGCACCUGGCAUCGCACCAUUCUGACUCAGUUUCUCCAAACUGAAGCAGCCUCUCCCCAGGCCCAGCUCUGGAGGGGAGGGGGAUCCGACUGCUUUGGACCUAAAUGGCCUCAUGUGGCUGGAAGAUCCUGCGGGUGGGGCUUGGGGCUCACACACCUAUAGCACUUACUGGUAGGACCAAGCAUCUUGGGGGGGUGGCCGCUGAGUGGCAGGGGACAGGAGUCCACUUUGUUUCGUGGGGAGGUCUAAUCUAGAUAUCGACUUGUUUUUGCACAUGUUUCCUCUAGUUCUUUGUUCAUAGCCCAGUAGACCUUGUUACUUCUGAGGUAAGUUAAGUAAGUUGAUUCGGUAUCCCCCCAUCUUGCUUCCCUAAUCUAUGGUCGGGAGACAGCAUCAGGGUUAAGAAGACUUUUUUUUUUUUUUUUAAACUAGGAGAACCAAAUCUGGAAGCCAAAAUGUAGGCUUAGUUUGUGUGUUGUCUCUUGAGUUUGUCGCUCAUGUGUGCAACAGGGUAUGGACUAUCUGUCUGGUGGCCCCGUUUCUGGUGGUCUGUUGGCAGGCUGGCCAGUCCAGGCUGCCGUGGGGCCGCCGCCUCUUUCAAGCAGUUGUGCCUGUGUCCAUGAGCUCAGGGCCAUGCUGAGGCCUGGGCCGCUGCCACAUUGGAGAAGCCCGUGUGAGAAGUGAAUGCUGGGACUCAGCCUUCAGACAGAGAGGACUGUAGGGAGGGCGGCAGGGGCCUGGAGAUCCUCCUGCAGACCACGCCCGUCCUGCCUGUGGCGCCGUCUCCAGGGGCUGCUUCCUCCUGGAAAUUGACAAGGGGUGUCUUGGGCAGAGCUGGCUCUGAGCGCCUCCAUCCAAGGCCAGGUUCUCCGUUAGCUCCUGUGGCCCCACCCUGGGCCCUGGGCUGGAAUCAGGAAUAUUUUCCAAAGAGUGAUAGUCUUUUGCUUUUGGCAAAACUCUACUUAAUCCAAUGGGUUUUUCCCUGUACAGUAGAUUUUCCAAAUGUAAUAAACUUUAAUAUAAAGUAGUCCUGUGAAUGCCACUGCCUUCGCUUCUUGCCUCUGUGCUGUGUGUGACGUGACCGGACUUUUCUGCAAACACCAACAUGUUGGGAAACUUGGCUCGAAUCUCUGUGCCUUCGUCUUUCCCAUGGGGAGGGAUUCUGGUUCCAGGGUCCCUCUGUGUAUUUGCUUUUUUGUUUUGGCUGAAAUUCUCCUGGAGGUCGGUAGGUUCAGCCAAGGUUUUAUAAGGCUGAUGUCAAUUUCUGUGUUGCCAAGCUCCAAGCCCCAUCUUCUAAAUGGCAAAGGAAGGUGGAUGGCCCCAGCACAGCUUGACCUGAGGCUGUGGUCACAGCGGAGGUGUGGAGCCGAGGCCUACCCCGCAGACACCUUGGACAUCCUCCUCCCACCCUCUGGCAGAGGCCAGAGGCCCCCAGCCGAGGGCUCCUGCACUUACUUGCUUAUUUCACAACGUUUCAGCGACUCCGUUGGCCACUCCGAGAGGUGGGCCAGUCUGUGGAUCAGAGAUGCACCACCAAGCCAAGGGAACCUGUGUCCGGUAUUCGAUACUGCGACUUUCUGCCUGGAGUGUAUGACUGCAUGUGACUCGGGGGUGGGGAAAGGGGUCGGCUGACCAUGCUCAUCUGCUGGUCCGUGGGACGGUGCCCAAGCCAGAGGCUGGGUCCAUUUGUGUAACGACAAUAAACGGUACUUGUCAUUUCGGGCAA